AUGAAGAUCAAACAUCAGUUCACAUCGGUGGAGCAUCCCCAAGCUAAUGGACAAGUAGAAGCAGCAAAUAAAGUUAUAUUAGCUGGAUUGAAGAAAAGGUUACAAGAUGCAAAGAGAGCAUGGGCAGAAGAACUUCCACAAGUCCUGUGGGCUUCUCGGACAACUCCUCACCCGACAACUGGGGAGACACCAUUCCGACUUGUAUACGGGGUAGAGGCCAUAAUUCCUGUUGAAGUCAAUGAACAAAUUCCACGGGCAAGAUUCUAUGAUGACGUAGAAAACAUCCAAGCCCAUAAAGAGGAACUCGAACUCCUCCCAAAAGUCCGAGAACAAGUUCAGAUAAGAGAAGCCGCGUUAAAGCAAAGAAUGUCAACCAGAUACAAUAAGAAGGUCAUUCAGAGAAGAUUCACCACAAGCGACCUCGUUCUGAUAAAAAAUGACAUCGGGAUAACCAAGUCGGGAGAAGAGAAGCUCGCUGCUAAUUGA